CUGUGGCCCUCCGGCCGCCAGGGGGAGACACGUCAUGACGCUGCGUCCCUCUGCGUCACGGCGCCGCUGAAGCUCUUUGACCCAAACACAGUGAGGGCAGGGAUGACGGUGACGAGGUUACCGGCCGCAGCGCUCUCCUUCAAACAGUUCCUACAGAGGCAGCGGGUUCUGGGGAUCUACCGGAACAUGCUCAGGACCAUCCGGCAGGUCCCGGACCAGGCAGACAGGAAGUACCUGAGAGACUGGGCCCGAGACGAGUUCAAGAGGAACAAGAGCGCCACGGACCAGGACGCCAUCCGGAUGAUGAUCACUCAGGCCAACAACCACCUGGAGGAGCUGCAGAAGUCUCUGGCUCUGGCCAGGAGCUGACCUCCGGCUACCAUGGUUACCACGGAGACCAUAUUUAUUCAACACACACACACACACACACGCACACGCUGUGAGGAGGACUUUGGCUUCAGAUGUCAUCUGCAGUGGGAACAGAGUCUGUCUGAACUGUCAGUGCAGCGGCUGCUCAGCUCCUGUCACCCUCCACCACACGGUGUCAAACAUGUGGCCCUGGGACCAGAGCCGGGUCCAGCAGGGUUCAUUAGGUGUCAAAGAGAACAUUAAAUGUGCUGUUUGUGGUGAGUGUUUGUGUCAGUUUGCUGUUUUGUGAUGAAGGUCAGAGGUCAGAGGGGUUCCACUCUUCGGUCAGUCUGUGGUGUCGGAGUUGAAUCAGCUGAUCUGAAAGUCUCUGCAUCCCACCUGCUGCUGGGAUUCGAACCGUGGUCCCACAUUCUGGGUGCAGACUUCAACCACUGCAUCUCCAAACUGAACUUCUCCGGCCAGUCCGUGGAAACAGAAGAGAGAACGUACAGUUCCUGCUCUGUCCACCAGAGGCGCUGCCCUUUAAGAGCCGAUCAAA